GCCAGGAAGAAGCCCAAUCCGCGUCUUCGGAGCCGCGGCGGCCGCAAUGGCGAUUUUUAGUGUGUACGUGGUGAACAAAGCUGGCGGCCUCAUCUACCAGUUGGACAGCUACGCGCCCCGGGCCGAGGCUGAGAAAACUUUCAGUUACCCCCUUGAUCUGCUGCUGAAGCUGCACGACGAGCGUGUGCUGGUCGCCUUCGGCCAGCGCGACGGCAUCCGGGUGGGACACGCAGUGCUGGCCAUCAAUGGCGUGGACGUGAACGGCAAGUACACGGCCGAUGGGAAAGAGGUGCUGGAGUACUUGGGCAACCCUGCCAAUUACCCGGUGUCCAUUCGAUUCGGCCGACCCCGCCUCACCUCCAAUGAGAAGCUCAUGCUGGCCUCCAUGUUCCACUCGCUGUUCGCAAUCGGUUCCCAGCUGUCUCCGGAACAGGGCAGCUCAGGCAUUGAGAUGCUGGAGACCGACACGUUCAAACUGCACUGCUUCCAGACACUGACAGGGAUCAAGUUUGUGGUGCUGGCAGAUCCUAGGCAAGCUGGAAUAGAUUCUCUUCUACGAAAGAUUUAUGAGAUCUACUCAGACUUUGCCCUCAAGAAUCCAUUCUAUUCCCUGGAAAUGCCCAUCAGGUGUGAGCUGUUUGACCAGAACCUGAAGUUAGCCCUGGAGGUGGCAGAGAAGGCUGGAACUUUUGGACCUGGGUCAUAGGCUGAGCCCACAAUGGAUCCCCCAAAUUUGAGAGAUCCUACAGCAGGGAUCCUGCUGUAUCCACUCCAGUGGAGAUCCCCGCAGCCUCGUUAGUGUACUUGAAACUGGGAGGGUGCUGAGCCUGAUGACAUGUACCGAUCCCCGAGCUUUAAUGCCAUGCUCUCUGCCCUCCUGUAUCUACCGUGAGCCUACUUCCCAACUCUGUACAGGUUUAUUUAUGGAGGGAGUAGGCCCAUAAAUGCUUAAUAAACAUUCCCUUGA